AGCGCCAUUAAUUUCGUUUUUGAAGUUUAAGCAACACAUUCAAAUCUAAAUAGUGCAUCAGAAAAAGGGGUAACACAGAUGUAUAUGGUUUUCUUCUUCAUAAUUAAUUAUUUAAUUUCUUUGCUUUGGAUUUAAGUUGAAAUCAUAUUCUCUGCUUGAGCAUCACAUCGGAACCUCUCCCUAUCUCUCUGUUUCUUAUAUCUGUAUAUAAAUGAAGCAGUUGGCUGUUCUUUCUCCAUAUUCAAACCAAGCACAUUCCAGUACCCUUUUCUUGGUUUAACUAAAUAUAGCAAUCUCUUCCUAGUUAUCUCAAAACAUGAUGGCAGACGUUCUUGCAUGUCUGGUCAUCUUUACUACUGCAAUCUUCAGCUCUGCUGUCGCAUCCGAUCCUGACUCCCUUCAGGAUCUCUGCGUUGCUGCUCCCACUUCAGAUAAAAAGGUGAACGGAUUUUUAUGCAAGGACGAGGCAAAUGUAACGGCAGCUGAUUUCACCUUCGACGGUCUGGCUAAGCCAGGACUUGUUAACAACUCGUUUGGUUCAGUUGCAAAGCCGGCCAACGUGAAUCAGAUUCCAGGUCUCAACACCCUGGGGGUGUCGAUGGCGCGAAUCGACUAUGCCCCCGGUGGGCUUAACCCUCCUCACACCCACCCGCGUGGCACUGAGAUCGUAUUCGUGCUGGAAGGAGAGCUGGAUGUGGGCUUCAUCACCACAGCAAACAAGCUAAUCGCCAAGACCAUCAAGAAAGGUGAAAUCUUUCUGUUUCCCAAGGGACUCGUCCAUUUUCAGAAGAACAACGGCGACAAGCCCGCUUCUGUGAUCGCGGCAUUCAAUAGCCAAUUCCCCGGCACCCAAGCCAUUGCUCCGACACUUUUCACGGCAACACCACCCGUGCCAGACGAUGUGUUGGCUAUAGCCUUUCAGGUUGGUAGCAAAGACAUUGACAAAAUCAAAGCAAAGCUGGCUCCCAAGAAGUAGUACAAAAGUAUCAAGUACCAGAGAUCAUUUACCUUACAAAUUCUUUUCAUCCAUAUUAUAUAUACACACAUUAAGUCUUAAUAUGGCCCAUAUUGGAGGACAGAUUUUGAAUAAAAUUGGAUAUGUGCAAUGAUGUGUGUGAAAGAGUAAUUUCUAAUUUAAAGCAAAAGAGAAUAUUAUAUUCA